AUGAGGAUGAAGCCUGAGUUAUAUUUUGAGACCAAUACAGUGACAUAUAAUGAUGUGCAUGUUGACAUCACUCAUGAAGAAUGGGCAUUGUUGGAUCCAGCACAGAGGAAUCUCUACAAAGAUGUGAUGCUGGAGACCUAUAUGAACCUCACUGCUAUAGGCUACAAUUGGGAAGAUCUUGAAGUUGAAGAACAUUGUCAAAGUUCUCAAAAUCAUGGAAGGCAUGAAAGAAGUCAUACUACAGAGAAAUUAUCAGAACAUACUCAGUGUGGUAAAGCCUUUGUAAAUCACAGUCAUCCUCCAAGGCAUGAAAGAACACAUACUGGAGAGCAACCCUAUGAAUACAAUCAAUACGGUAAAGUCUUUGCAGAAGACAGUCAUCUUGAAAAGCAUGAAACAACACAUAGUGUUAAAAAACCUUAUAGAUGUAAUCAAUGUGGCAAAGCCUUUGCCCAUUGGAAAAUUCUUCAUUUUCAUAAAAGAACACAUAUGGAAAAGAAGCCUUUUGAAUGCAAUCAAUGUAGUAAAGCCUUUGUUCGUCACAGGGCUCUUAAAUUGCAUGAAAGAACACAUACUGGAGAGAAACCUUAUGAAUGUAAACAAUGUGGGAAAGCCUUUGCUUAUCACAGUACUCUUCAAAGUCAUGAAAGUACACAUACUGGAGAGAGGCCCUAUGAAUGUAAUCAGUGUGGGAAAGCCUUUGCUCGUCAUCGUAAUCUUCAAGUGCAUGAAAGAACACAUACUGGAGAGAAACCCUAUGAAUGUAAUCAAUGUGGGAAAGCCUUUGCUCAAAACAGUGAUCUUCAAGUGCAUGAAAGAACACAUACUGGAGAGAAACCCUAUGAAUGUAAUCAAUGUGGGAAAGCCUUUGCUCGUCGUGGUACUGUUCAAUUGCAUAAAAGAACACAUACUGGAGAGAAACCAUAUGAAUGUAAUCAGUGUGGAAAAGCCUUUGCACAGUGCAGUCAUCUUCAAUUACAUAAAACAACACAUACUGGAGAGAAACCCUAUGAAUGUAAUCAAUGUGGGAAAGCCUUUGCUCGUCGUAGUAAUCUUCAAGAGCAUGAAAGAACACAUAUGGGAGAAAAACCCUAUGAAUGUAAUCAGUGUGGGAAAGCCUUUGUUUGUCAGAGUAAUCUUCGAGGGCAUGAAAGAACACAUAUGGGAGAAAAACCCUAUGAAUGUAAUCAGUGUGGUAAGGCUUUUGCUCAUAACAGUAAUCUUAAAACGCAUGAAAGAACACAUACUGGAGAGAAACCAUUUGAAUGUAGCCAGUGUGGCAAAGCCUUUACUCGCCGCACUACUCUUCAGUUGCAUGUAAGAACACAUACUGGAGAGAAACCCUAUGAAUUUAUACAGUGUGGUAAAGCCUUUGCACAGCCUAGUCAUCUUCAAGUACAUAAAAACACCUACUGGAGAUUAACCCUAUGA